GCGAGCCCUUCCACCGCUCGGGGUGAGGCGGGGCGCAGCCUGGGCUCUGACGUCGGGGGCGGGGCCGGCGGCCUCGGCGCGCGGGGGCAGGGCUGCGCACCUUCCCGGCCCCGCUGGCGAUUCAUUCAAAAGGCGCGCAGGCUGCGCGGCCGCCCGGGCGCUUGCCGAACCCGGCGGGGACGCGGAGUCGAACGGGGAACCGAGCGGGAGCUGCCGAGGCGCGGCCAGGCCAGUGACUGCCGGGAGCCUGAGGAUGAAACCACACCUGCUGUGCAGAUCCCUGUCCUGCUUCCUUAUGCUGCUACCCUGGCCUCUGGCCACCCUGACAUCAACAACCCUUUGGCAGUGCCCACCUGGGGAGGAGCCUGACCUGGACCCGGGGCAGGACACAUUAUGUAGGCCCUGUCCCUCAGGCACCUUCUCAGCUGCAUGGGGCUCCAGCCCAUGCCAGCCCCAUACCCGCUGCAGCCUUCGGAGGAGGCUGGAGGCUCAGGUGGGCACAGCCACUCGAGAUACACUCUGUGGAGACUGCCGGCCUGGAUGGUUUGGGCCUUGGGGGAUCCCCCGUGUUCCAUGUCAACCGUGUUCCUGGGCACCUCUGGGCACUCGUGGUUGUGAUGAGUGGGGGCGGCGGGCCCGACGUGGCGUGGAGGUGGCAGCAGGGGCCAGCGGCGGUGGUGAGAUGCGGCAGCCUGGGAAUGGCACCCGGGCGGGUGGCCCGGAGGAGACAGCCGCCCAGUACGCAGUCAUCGCCAUUGUGCCUGUCUUCUGCCUCAUGGGGCUGCUGGGCAUCCUGGUGUGCAAUCUCCUCAAGCGGAAGGGCUACCACUGCACGGCGCACAAGGAGGUCGGGCCCGGCCCUGGAGGUGGAGGCAGUGGAAUCAAUCCUGCCUACCGGGCUGAGGACGCCAAUGAGGACACCAUUGGAGUCCUGGUGCGCCUGAUCACAGAGAAGAAAGAGAAUGCCGCGGCCCUGGAGGAGCUGCUGAAAGACUACCACAGCAAACAGCUGGUGCAGACGAGCCACAGGCCUGUGUCCAAGCUGCCGCCAGCGCCUUUGAAUGUGCCGCAUAUCUGCCCGCACCGCCACCACCUCCACACCGUGCAGGGCCUGGCCUCCCUCUCUGGUCCCUGCUGCUCCCGUUGUAGCCAGAAGAAGUGGCCCGAGGUGCUGCUGUCCCCUGAGGCUGCAGCUGCCACUGCUCCUGCUCCCAGCCUUCUGCCUAACCCGACCAGGGUGCCCAAGGCUGGAGCCAAGGCAGGACGCCAGGGCGAGAUCACCAUCUUGUCUGUGGGCAGGUUCCGUGUGGCUCGAAUUCCUGAGCAGCGGACAAGUUCAAUGGUGUCUGAGGUGAAGACCAUCACGGAGGCUGGACCUUCGGGGGGUGAUCUUCCUGACUCCCCGCAGCCUGGCCUCCCUGCUGAGCAGCAGGCACUGCUAGGAAGUGGCGGAAGCCAUACUAAGUGGCUGAAGCCCCCAGCAGAGAACAAGGCUGAGGAGAACCGCUAUGUGGUCCGGCUAAGUGAGAGCAACCUGGUCAUCUGAUGGGCGGUCUAGUCUGAGGACACUGCAGCCCUGCCCUGGGAGGUUCCAAAGGCUUCCUAGAGGAGGUGGAGCUGCAGCUAGGACUGUGAGGACCAAGAAGCAAUGGCCCAGCAGACAAGACAGCAAAGACCAAGGCCUGGAGGUGGGAGUGUCUGGCCCAGCGAGGAGGCAGGUGGCUGGCGGGCACUAUGUGCAGCAGCGGACUGAGCCCCGCCCCCAACCCUGCUGCCAGGUUGUUCCCCUGCAGGAUGCCCUGGCCCCUGUGCCUUCCCUGGCUAGAUCCUAGGAGCUCAUGGGAUUCUCUGUAUCACCAGAGGGCUGGGCUUGGCAGAGGGGAGGGGCCAUGCCCGUCACCCCUGGCCACAUGCCUUGGGAAUUAGCCAUGCCCUUGCCUCCGUCCAGGGCCCUAGAGCAGAUGUGCCUCCCCCUCCUCUUCCGGCAGGUACUGUAAAGGGAAGGGGCAACAAAAAGUCCUGGGAUGGGGGAUGAGUCCCUGGGUUCUAAUCUUGGGCCAUCUGGGGCCAUUGUCAGGUCCAUUUUUCUGACUGUGAAGUGGGGAGAGAUGUGUCAGUAUCCAGGGCCUCUCCAGCUCUUUGUAGGUUCUAGGCUGGGUUGUGGGGACUGGGGAGCUGGGCUCUACCACCCUUCCUGUGAGUAGCUUUAUUCAGCCCCAUUUUUGCUGCUUCCAGGGCCUCCGCCUUCAAGGCCCCACGGGGCUGUCCAUCCACGGCUCUCCCUAAGGAAGGGGCUUAGUGCAUGUGCCUGUUCCCCUCUGACCCAGCUGUUUUUAAUGAAACCAAAAAAACAGACUUGAUCCCGGCAGGACUGUGGUGCAGAGCUCCCGCCUGCCUACCAGCCCCGAGGUCUCAGGAGCUUUAGGGAGAAGAGUGUUGGCGGGGCUGGAGCGCACCUCAGGCCUCCGUGGUUUCUGCGUCCCUGUGGUGCCAGUGCCUCUGGGCAGUGCAGGUGGCUGCUGGGCCCAGCCCCGACCUCCACUGUGGCUCAGCAACCUAGUUAUUUUAUUUAUGUGGGGCCGUGCAGGCGUGGGCCCACUGCUUGUCCAUCCUGUUUCUCUUAUUUAUUGAAACUCGCUGUUGCCCUAUCCUUGUGUCUCCAUCCCCUUCCAUUUGUUGAAUAAUAAAAGGUGAGAAAGUGCUGUCAUGAGGAGCUCCUUUUCUCAGCCCUUCCCAGCUUAUCCACCUGUUCCACGUGUGCCUGUCGAGCCCUCUCCUGUGUUGGGCACCGUGACCAGCUGCCUUCCCCUCGCAGCUCCCGUGCUUCGGCAGCGGGGAAAGCAGACCCAGAGAGACCCCUCACCUCAUCUGGUUCUCACCAAAGCUCCUAGCUAUAGGCAGGGCUGUCCCACAGAAAUAGCAUGAGCCACAUAUGUGACUUUAAAUUUUCUGACAACCAUAUUUUAAAAAGUAAAAAAGCAGGUGAGUUUAAUUUUAUAAUAUAUUUAACCCAGUCUAUCCAAAAUAUUUUCAUUUCAAUAUAAAAUCAGUAUAAAAAUUGUGAA